UGCCGUGCCGUGCCGCGGAGGAAGCGCAGCCCGCGGGCAGAGGUGCCGCCCGCAGCCGGCCGGAGCGCGGCUCGGUGGUGGGAGGUGAGAGGCAGCCUCCUGGCAGCUCUGCAGCUGCCAGCCAGGACACAUAUGCUGACAAGAAAUCAGGAGGAGCAGGGGACAUGGAUCGUGGUGUCACCCUCGAGAACCCCUAUGCCAGUGUAGACAUCCCACAGGCCCAGUUUCAGCACAGCUUCAUCACUCGGUACCUGCAGGAUGAGCCCUCUUCGCUCACCGUGAUUGCCAACCCUGCCACCGUGCCCACAUAUAGCUUGGAGGAUCAGGUGAACCAUGCCAACGUGGCCAGCUGGAACAGUCAGACCAUUUCCACUGAGAAGUCCUGGUCUCGGCCAUAUAACCCUUAUGCCAGCCUGAAGAUGCUCAAUGGGACAUCCCCUGACUCCUUCUACACAGUCAGUUUGGACAAACCAUCCAAGAGCCAUGAGCACGAGGUGGGUGGGGGAAACUGCUGCUGUAAGUACUGCCCCUGCUGCAGAAAGUGCUGCUGUGUCAUCUGCUAAAGGACCUGGCUGCGAGCUCUGGAUCUGCCAACCUCGGUCAGUGCCAUGCAGCCCCAUACGGCCCUGGCUGCGCAGCCUGGACUUCCUGGUGGGCAGGGCUGGGAGGACAGCGGAGCUGUCCCUGUUUCCCACCAAAGCUGGCAGCUUGGAGAUAGCAUCAAUUCAACUCCACUGUUGGCUUUCACCCAUGAGCAACGCAGCCACAUAUACCAGUGAUGGGCACCUACCAGGUCCUGAGAGCCCAGUGUGGUGUAGCUGGCAAGAAAUACAAGACACCCCCCCCCCCCCCGGCCGCCCCACCAAGGUCUGGGUGCCCUGAGGAUGGUGUGUACUGAUACAGACGUCCACCAAGAAAAGCUUACCCUGGGACUAGGGCAGCAUGUUUGAGCCUGUGAACCUGCCAUCCUUGGCCAUGGCUGCCAGUCCAGCCUUGCAGGGAAACCUGCAAUUCUGAAGAAGGCUCAGGAUUUGUCUGCACCCCAAAAGGUAAGACUGGAUGAUGUCGACGACGUGCAUGUGGCAGAGAUAGCUGGAGAAGGCAGGCAGCAUUGCUGCUUCAGAGUGGGGGCAAAGAGUCAGGCCAUGGCUGGGACUUUCUGGAUCUCAAACUGUGGCUGGGCCCAGGCUGGGCCGGGGAUCCCCACCUCCUCAGAGCCAAAGGGUCACUCCCACACAGUAUCAUGGAGAUGCUGUAAAGCCCUGCACCAAGCAGCUCUGAAUGGAUACCACUUCUCUUUGCCACGCUGCCCAUGGGACAGAGGGAAAGAGACAUGAAGGACAGGCAGACAAAGUGUGGCAGAGUGCCAGGCACUGCUCCAGGGCAACACCUGACAGCAUGGGUUCAGAUGUCUAAAGUCCAGGAGCUAGGAAACUGCCGGCCCACCUCAUUUCCUCAUCCUGGGCUCACCAGGCUUGGUGGAGUGCUCAGUGGCAGCACAUUCUCCCACAUUGGUCUCUAUUUGGGCUCUGAGCCUGGUUGGACUUGGCCCCAGUACUGUCCAGGCACCCAGCACCAGAGGUGGAGUAGUAUCGGGGCAUCCCCCUUCAAGCAGUUCCCAAAACAUAUUCCCAGUGUGAAUUUUCUGCAACAACUGGGUGAGAAAAAAGGCAAGCAUGGAGCCCACUUGCCUCUCUGCAGCUUGCUGGGGCAGCCUCUGACUUCAUUUUCGGCUGAAGUUGGCAUGCCAGAUCUGGAACAAGCAGGCCGUUGUCCUUGUGGAGCAGCUCGUCCCACGGCUGGCUGGUUGUGCUGCGAGGUGAUAGUCUGCGUAAGCAAAUGCGUCUGCUGCUGGAACUGCCUCUGUCUUCAGGCCAGCAGUCAGGACAGGGGCUUGGAAAGAAUGUGUGUGUUAGCAGAUGACUUCAGUGCACUACAAAUAAAAUUACAGACAUCUCC